AUGGCAUCAAUCACACUCGAAGAACUUCGUCUUUUCCACACUAUCGACAGAGAAAUAUUCAGUCGACUAGUUAUCAGCCUCAUGCGCCACCCGGGAGAAUCUCUCUUGGUGAUGGCCCUAUAUAUGUGGUUGGAAAACAAGAGGUUUCCUAAAAUCGUAUCAAAAAUGGUGAGCCAAGGAGACCUUGUGGUGAACGCCUUGGCCAAGGAAGCAUCAGCAUGUUUACAAAUUCUCAAGUCCAAAACACCACCCAUUCCUCUAGAUGGGGGAAUGCCUCUAACAACAGCACUCAUGGAAAGAGACAUUUCUUUUCAAAUGAUUUACCAAAUUAAGUUCACCGCGGUGGCCGAAAUCAAACUCUUUCUAAACGAUGUAUGCGCGUUCAUCUUCACAGACAUUUUACAAGAGGUUUUGGCUUUUCCGUCGCCCCAAGUGGUCUUCCAUCAACCAAUAGUCAUUCCCGGAUUCCCUCACCCACUUUUCGGCCCCAUAAAAAUCACGCCACUCCCUCUCAACCAUGUUCUGCCUCCGGGAGCGCUUUCAGGUUGGUCAGACGUCAUUCAAGUCCCAGUCAGUGACAGAACGUUGUUUCUUACGUUCUCCAGGGGCUACCCGGUUACGGAAGCUGAAGUCAGGGAGUUGUUUAAGAGCGAGUUUGGAGAAUGUGUAGAUUAUGUCGAGAUGGGUAGUGAGUUCGCAUCUUCAAUUGACAAACCGUUGUAUGCUCGAAUGGCGGUGCAUUCGGUUACGACAAUUGAUGAAAUGUUGAAUGGAAAGAGCGUAGCCAAGUUUCGGAUCAACGGGAAGCAUGUUUGGGCAAGAAAGUAUGAUCGUCGAGACACUUAA